GCUCCAGCCCCCUCAGGCCAAAGCAGCGGCCGGCGAGAGAAAGGCGUUGCUGAGACUCAAUGGAGGACUCCACCCGUGUGGGAUACUGCAUUGUGGCUGGCAGCUUUGUGGCUUUCCAGUUCUUCUUCUCAGCUCUCAGUCCUCAGCUGUUUGUGUCGCUGAGCCCUGCGUACUGCACCCUUCCUGCAGUCAAGCAAAAUGAAUGGAAUUCCAGAUGUGUGUCCACCGUCCACGCAAUGAUUGUCAGCUUCUUCUGCCUCUACAUCCUUUGGUUUGAUGAUGCUGUAAAUGCCAACCCUAUCUGGGGAGACCCUUGGCUUGUGAAGCUGAAUGUAGCUGUCACCUGUGGCUACCUGCUGUAUGAUCUGUUGCUGCUAGUGCGCUACUGGAAGACAUUGGGAGAUUCCCUUUUUGUUUGCCACCACUUGGCAGCACUAUACGCGUAUGGAUAUGUGUUGAGCCAUGGAGUGCUGCCUUACUUUGCCAACUUCCGCCUCCUUUCUGAGCUCUCAACACCCUUCGUGAAUCUGCGGUGGUUCCUUGAUGUGGCUGGCUGGCCACACUCCUCCUGGCUCGUCUUGGCCAAUGGUCUGGCCAUGAUGGUGGUGUUCUUCAUGGUGCGCAUUGCUGUCAUCCCCAGCUAUUAUGCACAGGUGUACUCCUGGUAUGGAACUCUUGAGUAUGAACGCUUGGGCCUUGGUGUCCAGUUGGCCUGGAUUGGGCCCAGCCUUGCCUUGGAAGUGCUUAACCUGAUCUGGAUGUAUCGCAUCAUCCGUGGCUUCUACCGAGCCUUCUGUCGGUCCAAACUACACAAGGCAGCUUGAAGAUGGAGAAGUGGCAAUUCUUGGCCAGGAUCACAGAGACCUAAGUCCUGCUAGACAAAGGUGCAGAGAAUGGGUACACCUAUUCUUACUCUCUUAGAUGCCAAUAGCCUUAGGAACUUUCCCUGAAAGCCAGGAUCCACACAAAUGGAGCAUUUGAUCUUCUGUUCUAUUUUCCUGAACAGAAUCAGCUAUUGGGUGCUGGAGAAUGGCAUCCAUUCAUGUUCUAGAGACUCUGAGUCACAUCUGAUACGGUUGGAGAGAUAGUUGGGGUGUACCCAAUAUAGAAUAUUCUUUGGCAUACACUGGGAGGAGGAAAAUACAGCAGGAUUGACACUAGCCUGGUCUUAUGGUUUAGUUGGUGCUUCUCAGGGCUUAUUUAUGUCAGCUAGAAUGGGCCUUGAUGUGACUUAGUAGGUUACAUUCCUGGCUGGAGCCUCCUGUGAUGGGAAUUCAACCUGUUUCUGCUGUAAGUCCAUCAGUUGGAACGAUGGGCACCCUGCAUGGGACUAACCGCAUGUGGGAAAUAAGUGUGAGCUGUAUUCCUUGGGUUGCUAUUUGGUCCAAGGACUCCUAGGUGCAGUGUAUGAGUAUGUUGGUAGAACAAGAAAUAAAGAGGGUGAAUGGAUGAAGGAAGAAAUAGUUUCCAAUAAUGCACAGCAAAGGGAUGAUUAUUAGGACCUAUCAGUAGGAUGUGGCAGGAUUUCGAUACAAGGUCUAUGACAGAGCAGCAAAAUAUGUUUUUAUGCUGCCGAGUCUGGUUAGAAUACCCUAUUCCAUGGGUAAGUUUCCUUUGUGCAGGGGUCUCCUAACACUGGCACAGUAAACCAAUUAAGAAAGCAAGAGCUAACUCCUCUGAUUUAACCGAAACAGAAUUUGGGUGCUUCUACAUGCAGUAUUUAUUGUGCUGCAAUUACCCCCCUUAAUCCACAGAAUUUUAUGGGGCAUCCCAGUUUCAUAAUUUUCCAUUUGCAGCCCUUACGAGAAAAAAAAAUGUUGCAAAAGUAGCUUUGGAGUGUUGUUGCUAGGAGCUCUCUGCCUGGAGGCAUGUUCACUUUUGUUUUGACAGCUUAAAAGUAAAGCAAUGGAUCAAGGAGUGAGUUUGCUGGAGGAUGGAUCCACAUUAGCCUUCCACCAUAACUACCCAGGUGCAUCUGCCACUUUGGAUCUAGCACUCAGCCUCAAUAUUUUUUUGCUCAGAGAAUGCCGUCCCCCCACACCUAGCUUAUACAACGGUUCUAAUAUUGACUGCACCACUGAGGACGUUGACUUCCUGCCAGUAAGCAUCCCCAUUUUUGUGCAAGGCUCUGAACUUGUGGCUACCAGAAAUGACAUUGUGCUAGCAGAAACUUGGCUCCAAACUAUGUGCCAAAGGAAAACCCUACUACAGUUGUAUUUGCACAAGCACAUUGUGCAGCAAGGUGCGCAUUAUGCUUGCACAGUCUCAAAUGUAAUGUGCAAUGGAAAGAUUUGGUGGUGCUCUGCUGGCGCCAUUUGCGUUUGUAGAAUGACACUGUUGGAUACUUAGUCUUUCUUCACUUUUAGUCAGGCUUAAGAGCCUGAGUGCUAAGCAAGUCUAACACUCAGAGAAAGCUUGUGUCUACUUUUUUUUAAGUAGCAGAAACACAGAGUGAGUUUCUACCACUGCCAGUUACAUUGGACCAGACAAGUUGCUCUUUUUUCAGUAUGCAAGGACAGCACUCAUUUUGGAUCAAGACUGCCAUGUGAAGAGAUGGCAAUUUUUGGUAGUAUUUGGAAUUCAGUGGCAAAAAGCUGCUAAUGGAUUCCAACAAUGGCAGAACUACAGGGAAUGAGACAGGGUACUUGCUGGAAUUCAGAGAGUGCCCCUGGGAGCCCAGAAAAGCUCCCUGACCUUGUGGAAUUUUCCAAUCAUGUAUUUUUGCCUCCUGUGCUGAUGGAAGACAAUGAAGUUAUCCUACCACAUCAGUGCAUGAAGCAUCUGCCAACAUGUAUCACGACCAGCAACAGAUAAGAGCUGAAGUUAGCCUUGAUGCUGACAACUUAUACUCAACAAGUUAUAAAAAGAUAUUCACCCAGUCAUGACUAAGGCUUCUGCAAGACAUGAUUGGAUCUCCCACUGUUUUAUACUAGUUUCAUUGUAGCUAUUUAGUGGGGUCCCUGUACAUUUUCCCCUGUAAGGCAAACUGCAUGGUGGGGGGUGGGGGUUAAAACUUUUUUCUCCCCCCCCAGCCCCCUUACCUAUAACUAAUUAGAAAUCCACUCAUAAAUCUUUCUACACACUCCACUCAGCUCUUCCAUCUCUGCUUGUGUUUUCAUCUAUAUAGAAUCAAAAACAUUUGAUUCCUUUCAUUAGAAACAGGCUAAAACAAAUAAUUCACCAAUUUCCCAAAUGAGCCAUUUGCUGCUAAAAGGCACAUGGGAAAUGUUUAUAGAUGCAAAAGUUCAAGUUCUCAUUUUGUAUGUGAAGUCUGAGUGCUUGGGGCUGCCUUCUAGGCUUAUUGACUAGGGCAGUAUUGCAUAGUCAGUUCCCCUCUGGAUUUAUUGGACUCCGACUGUCAUCACCUCCCUGCCAGCAUGGUCAGUGAUCAGAUGAUGGGAAUUGUAAUCCAAAAUGUCGGAUGGGCACCACAUGUUCAAAAAACUGAGACAGAGCCCAGGCACUGUUGUUUCUGCACUGCCAGGGCAACUCACGCAGAGGGAGCGGUUGGCCUGGACUGAGCUUUACUGCUCUGAGGUGGCACCCAGAUAACGUCUAAGGCGGUGCUGUACAUGUCCUGCCGGCAGAAAUCUCCAGAGGAGUUGCAUGAGAACUGCCACUAGGAGGUGGGAAAUGUGUGCCACUCCCUUGUGGUUACUCAUUCUUUUUUAAAGAUGUUCCUGAACAACAAAAUACAGAUGCCACCAUGGGACUGGCAUUGGUAGGUCUGCCUCAUGCAGGACUGCAGUGAUGAGCACUAACCACAGGAAAAAGCGGGUCCCCCCCCCCACCCCCGCCCGCAUUCUGAUUAUGCUUCAUGCACCGGCCAGGUUCUCUGCAUCAGCACCACGCUUCCCUCAUUGACACUGCAAGUGUUGCAUCAAUACCACCCCUCCCCCUGCCCCACAUUGUAUCAGGUCAGUGGACGGUCUGCGAGCGCAGGGACUAUGCAGGGACAGGACUGAGAGAAGAAAUCUUAGGUAGGGGUUUUACUUAAAUGCAAAUCGUUAGAGCAUGAUGAUGCUCUGACUUUGCUGCAAAUGCCAGUUCAGACCCAAGAGGUGGGCUAUUCACUUUGUUUUGCUGUAGUAAAUGAAUAUGAUUUUAACUGUGCAAUAUGUAAAGUGUUUUGUAUCAUUUUUAUCUUGAUGGACAUCAUCACAACCAAGGAAAGGAGGCUGCCAUUCUUAUUUUACAGAUGACAAGGAAGAAAGAGGAAAAGGCUUACUUCAGGCCACUAAUAAGUAACUGACUGUCUGCAGAGCUGUGGAUCCAUUUCACUCUCAGUUCCAGUACACUCACUAGUCAAUAUUUAGCUUUCACUAAGAAUGUGGUUUCCUUUUCAGAUGUCAGAUUGCCCAAUGUUUGGGAUGAUGUGUCUCCCCCUCCCCACUUGCUGAUUCUUUUCAGUGACUGAAGUCUGUAACUAUUCAGCUUCCAAUGGAUCCUAUUGUAGACAGUAGAUCACCACAGUACAGCAGAUAAUCUGCUGCAGAGUGAAAUCAUUCCAAUAGGUAGGGCUAAAAUCCACUUGCCUCUCCAAGCCCCAUUGAAAUGCUGCUCUUAUUGAUUUCAAUGUGAUUUUUAUCAAAUGAUUUUCUGAUGGAUUGGGCCCUCUGAUUGCUCUGAACCAAACAAGCUGACUCAGAAUAUUUAAAAAUUUUAGGUACAUUUGAAUAAGAAUAAACUUUGGGGUUAUUUCUUAAAUUCUAUAAAAAAACCCCUCAGGUGCUGGCAGAGCUGAGUGAUCACUUAUAGGAGAAGCCAAUGAAUUUGGCUUGUUUCCAAAUCUGUGCCUUAAAUGGUUUUGUCAGGCACUCAGCAUCACCCUAAAAGUCCGAAAAGCACCUUCUAUUUGUUAGAUGUUACAUUACAGCUGACAGUGUAAGUUAUUUUGCUCUGUACAAACCUAUACCCCAUGUUCAACAGUGGAGAUUCUGUUGUUGAUUUUCUCCUGCAGUGUAGAGAAUGGUAGAAUCCUCACCUAUGCAGUGUUUGUAGUUUUCUAAUCUCUGUUUAUUAACUGGAAUCAAUGAGUGUUGAUAUAAUAAAUAAGAUUAAUUUAUUAAAAUUUAGUCUCCUCUAUCCAUUCUUGUUUGUCUGUGUGCAUGCAUCUCUGUAUUGUAGAUGUUUACAUUUCAGUCUAUGCUGUGUGGGUGUAUAAAUGGACAGAGAAGUAUGCAUGUACCAUAUAUGGAUAGCUGGUCCUUGAAGCUGUAGUUGGACCUUCUCUCUGUACUUUGUUGCAUUCCUCCUCCCUUCAGUUUCCUCAGCAUAUAUUUGGUGCACGCAUGAAUAUGCACUGUCCAGAAUCUGAAAAUGAGGGGGAUGUUGAAAUCACCCCAGGACAAUACACCCAGAGCCCAAGAGGGUGGGGAGGGAGGGAGAGGGGGAGAGUGUGUGUGUGUGUGUAAUUCCAUUUAUAUCUCACCAUUUUUCCUUGUGCAAGGUGGCUCACUUAGAUUUUUCUCUCUCCAUUUUAUCCUCACAACAGCUGUCAAGAUAUGGCAAUUCAAGAGAUUCAAUAUAAUUCUCUAAUUCUACCCUAAUAGCAAUUUACAGUGAUUUAAAAAAAAACAGGGUGCUAUAUAGACAUUGACGAGCAUGAAGUGAGUUUUCAGGAAAGUAACAUAAGCAGCGAUUGUGAUAGGACUGCAUAGGCUUAGGGCUCUUGUAGUUAUCUCCAUCUUUUGGAAAUGAAGCAAGCUAGUCCAUUACUUGUCCUUCCACCUUUCUUAGAGGAAAUAGCUGGCAGAAAGUAGCAUUUGUAAGCAUUAAGUGUUAUAGUGCCAUGUUUCUUGCAGUACAAUGAAGUCAAAGCAUUCAAUGUAAUUUGAUAAUUGUAUGUUAUGCUGCUUUGAAUGCCACCCUGCUAUAUUCCAAGUCAAAACUUUUAUCCCAGUGUCCUUUAGGGUUCUGGACUU